AUCCAGUCAGAUAUUCAAACAGAACUUCAAAUUGUGUCAUAGUGAGAUAAUUUUUUCGGAAUCAUCACUCAAUAGCUUUAACAAAUAAAUAAAAAUGAAUAAGUUAAAUAUGCUCUCAGCUAGGAAGGUUAAACUUCAUGGUAUGACCUCCGCAAAAUGGACAACAAAGGAUAAAAUAACGCAAUACAAAGGACUUAUAAAUUUAUAUUUAAGGGAUAGUGCCAUUUUGAAGACAGACACCAAUGUGACGAAAAGACGGCAAACGAAGGAAUUGAAACAACUGCAAAAGCAAAUAGAGACAAACAGAGGAGUGUUAGAUAAUGCUAUUAGGGGAGACAAACAGCAACUCCGAAAUACCUUAGCUGAGCAUAGGGAAAUGCAAUUAGCAUAUCAGAAUCACCAACCUAAGAAAGUGAUUGAUGCCAUCCAUCAAAUAAAUUUCAAUAAGAGGAAGGAACUCGACAAAUUGGAGUUUCGAAUGAAACAAAAAUCAGAUAAACUAAUUGACCUCAAGUUGGAAUUGGCAGUGCUUGAGGAUCGUAUUAAAUACGCAAAUCCGAAUGAAUUCCCUGUAGAAAAACAAUCUGCAAUCGUUACAGGAAAAGUUCAAGACGCAAUUUUGAAGAAAGAAGCUGCUCUUGCAAUCAGACAAACUUUCAUUCAGAUUAUCGAUAUCAUGAAGAAAGAUGCGCUCUAUUUUGAUGCCAUUUUAGCCACAAUGAAAGGAGACGCUGAAGCUCAAGGUGCAUGCAUGAUCAAUGCCACAAAGUUAGGACAGUUAGCCACCGAAUACUUGGAUGACAGAAGAAAUGAAUACAAAACAUUAGAGAAGGCUGUCAAGAGAGAUAUGAUGGCGCGAAAGCAAGACUUGACGAUGAUGCAGGAUAAAAUAUCGAAUUUUGCCACCAACAUCAAACAAUUGCUACGUAGAGAUAGUGAUUUGAAUUUAGGUGUAAUCACGAUCGAGAAAACGGAGAGCGAAAUCGAACUGCGAGAAGAUUUUGCCAAAAUCGUCGAAACAUUGAAUUCAUUGAAGAGCAGCACCCUGGUCUCUAACUUCGACAUGAUUUUUCCUUGUUUUCAGACGCAACUUCAGCAUUUCAACAGACUAACAGAGUUAGCUCAGAAAUGUGAGGAAAAUAGGGACAUUUUGUUGAAGAAGGCUAAUCAUGCAGAAGUUAUGAGAGAUGUAAUGCACAAUAGUAUGGUAGAUACAACUUAUCAAUAUAGGACUGAAAAGAAAGACCUACUGGCACAAAUGGAAUCACUCAAAGAAAGAAGAAUCCACGCGCUCGAGGUAUUAGAAAAGAAGAGUGAGUUAUUGGCAGGCAUUAGAAUAUCACUCAGGCAACUCCAACAAAUGGUUAAAAUUUUGAAGAUAGAAGGAAUGCCAUUCGAGCGUAGUCCAGCACCAGGCGACGAGGACGUCAUCAUCAAACCCGAGGAGGAUGAAAUUGAUGGCAUCAAAAUCAUUCAUGAUCUAAAGAAAUGCAUAGCACGACUUAUGACUCAAAUGUCCCUCAGACAACCCAUAGUCCACGAAGAAGCUCUAAAGAACUUUGAAACCAUGAUCAUUGAUAGAAGCAGAAUCAUACCAUUGGAUGUAAAAGUGAGCGACGAAUCUCUUCUAGAGGGGAUGGCCUUGGAAAUUACGAAUGUUCCCACCAGGGAAGAAAUCAAGAGGAUUAGUGAUGAAAUUGUUGACAUAAAUACGAAGACUGAGGAAUAUAUGGCUAGUCAUGGAAAACUUUGAUAUUCUGCUGGUUAAAAUUAAUAAAUUCUAUAUACCAGGCAA